UUGUCACCGCUGUGCUGGUUUGCUCGCACCAGGUCUCGAGGCGGGAAGCGCUAAGCUACCCCUACACGGUUACAGCUCUUGUAACUAGCGACCAUGGUUUCUGAUAAGCCUACGACAAACACUCUAUCGGGCGACCCUAGGCGACCUGACUCGGUGGUACCAUACGACCGGCCUCCGGCAGCUGAAGACAAAGUCAAUGUGUUAUUGCUUGCGGGAGUGCUCCUCAGCACACUCUCCUUGGCAUUCAGAGUGCGAUGGUGCUCCCUGAUUGCGCUGGCCUGCCUUGGCUCUGCCUACACCCGUCGCAGCGCGGAUACGGACAAACACCAGAUGAUCAUCAGCGCUAUGUUUUGCUACUUUAGCAUCUUCCUGUCGCACUUGACCCCGGGGAACAAGUCAGCAGCUGCGGCGCCCGCCAUCGCCGCCGCUGGCGGCCCGAAGUAACCGGAGCUGCAGCACAAGCAACAAGGAUCGGAGCAGUGGGGCAAAGCAGCAGCAGCAGCUAGGGCUAGCCGCUAGCGCAGCAGGAGCAGUGGUAGCAGCAUGCUCGGGCAGGGGCUGCAUGCAUGCUCGGGCAGGGGCUGCAUGCAUGCUUGGGCAGGGGCUGAUGCAUGCAUGCAUGGGCUCUCAGGAGGUUAGCACUCUAGGUCUGGAGGUCCCACGGCUAGGGCGAGGCGCCCAGUGUCGGGGGACAUGAGAGCUGAAGCUGACCCGCAGCAGACUGGGCUGCGGGUGUAGGGGUGGGCAUCCAGGUUCAAGUCCGCGGCGACCCGCCAGUGUUGCCACUGCCAGUGUUGCGACCAACAGGGUCCGGUAGACUGCUGGCCGGUAGACUGCUGGCCGUGGUCGUCGUACGCUGGUGCCAUGUUGGCUGGUGCCGGGUGUGCGUGUAGUUACGGCUUCAUGACGCUUUACUUUGGCCGCUGCUGCCGCCGCCCAGUAGCUGCGCACUGCAACUGCCUGUGGCUGCAACGGCAUUGUACGGGGUAGGAGGGACGCGUGGGGCUGGGAGCAUCUGGGUCGGGCAGUCCGUGUAGGGGGUAUGGGCUUGUGGUGGUGUGGUUUUGCGGGGUCGGGUGUGGUGUGGCGAAUAGCCCGACUGUCGUGCGCUGCUGGGGAGCAGGAAGAGGUGGCUAACGUUGCGCAGUUGUCAGCGCUAGCAUGGACUUGUUGCCGGGAAUCGGCGUCCGAGGCCUGGUCCAUGGGGUGGGGGUAACUGACCCUAAUCAGCGGUUGUGUGGGGCGCGUGCUGGGGGAUGCGCUUUCAAUGCUCUAUGUAGGGUUCUUAAGAAGGCAGGGGGUGUUUCAAAAAGCCAUCGGGAGCAUCAGUAAGCUUAAAGGUGUAGAUGAGAGGUUGAGACGCCAUAUCUUCGGUGUAAGCUAGAUAUGUAGCGAGAGCAUGCAGGUGGUGGGGUGCUGGGGUGUAAUGAUUCGAAUGCGGAUACGGACGAACGUCUAUAGUUCGAAGUAGCAGAGUGGGUUACCUGAGCGUACCGCUACCCAUGCCAGGAAUGAUGGUUUGUGGCAAGCCGUGCUUGUAGGGCGCUGUUUGGGCUAGGGAGAGAAGAAACUUAGCACCUGGUUUUCGUCGAUUGAAAGUGAGGCGUAGUGUGAGGCCCGACCGAUUGAAAGCGUAACUUCUUGAAUGUUAUCCUGUUGGUUAUGUGUAAAGCCAACAAUCCAGGGUAAGGGUUCAGCGCUGAGGAUACCGGUACUGCAUAACCGGGCUAUCAGUAAUACCGGUUUGGUGCUUUGUCCUUGUUUGUCCUGGUUCGAGAAACGAUGAGUUACGGUGGCCGAAAUGAUACAUGCCUCUGGACACUCGGAUGUAAAUAUUUGCAUUUUCCGAUGUAUGAUAUAUCCUGGACCAGCUGCUCUUGCUCAUCUCCUUCAGCUACGGCUACGGGACCCUGGG